AUGGCUUUUCUGGAGAGUGAAGUGGUGCCAUCGGCUCUUGUGGAGGUUGCACCAAUCCUUCGUGUAGCCGAUGAAGUAGAAGCUAACGCUGCUGAUAGAACUGACCGUGCUCAACUUAAAAAGGCAUAUCAAACUGACGCUGUUUUCCUUGAAGUCUUAAAGUGGGCUAAAGUGGAAGUGGCUGAUGAGGUUUUGGAAGCCCACACAAAGAUUAACGAAAAAAUCCAGAUUUUAUGUGCCUUGGAUGACGAUGAUGGCAUUUUUGAGGAAUGCCCAUCUCAACAACCAUUUGCAUCACAAAUUGGAUUUAAUGAAUCCAAAUUUAAAGUUGAAAAUGUUGAUCAAACAUCUUCUAUAAAAGAAGAAAACAAAGACAACAUUAUAGAAGAAGGAAACAAACAACUUUUAGAGCAAUUGAAGAAGAUAAACGCACAAAUACAACAGUUUUUGGAUAUUCAAAGUAAAACUUACGCACUGAAAGAAAUUAGAGAAGAAAACAAAAUCUUACUGAUGGACUUGAGUUCUAUACAAAAUCCGCAUAUUCGUUCAUUUAUGGAGGGUGAACAAACAAGGAUUUUGCAAAAGCGAAAUUAUCAAUACUGA